ACAUUUUUCCUGUAACUUCCAUACAAGUGGACGACCCUUCCGUAUAUGAUAAUUUGGAUGUUAUCGUAACAAACGCUAGCGGUAAAGUACCGCUUCAUACACGCUUUCGAGCAAUAUUUACUUUAAAGAACAUUGGAGAUGAGAGAAGUGUUGAUAUACUGGCAAAAGCAUUCAAUGAUGAGUCCGAUCUUCUCAAACACGAGCUCGCUUAUGUACUCGGGCAAAUGAAAAACUCAUAUGCUAACCCAAUACUUCGGCAAGUUUUAUCGGAUAAAUCGCAAGACCCUAUGAUCCGACAUGAGGCUGCAGAAGGUCUUGGAGCAAUCGGUGAUCUUGAAUCGUUAGAUAUUCUCGAAAAGUAUCUUGACGAUGAGCAUCAAGUAGUUCGACAAACGUGUGAGCUGGCCAUCGCAAAAAUAAAAUAUGAACAUGACUCGCAGAAAUCAAAAGAUUCAUCAAACAGUAAAUUCACGUCUAUUGAUCCCGCGCCUCCAAUAUCCGAAAUCCAAUCAGUCCCGAAACUGAAAAAAAUACUAUUCGACGAGACCCUACCAAUUUUUGAUCGCUAUCGUGCAAUGUUUGCAUUACGUAACAUAGGCACUACCGAGGCAGUAAUGGCACUAAGCGAGGGACUAAACGACUCGUCUGAUUUAUUUAGACACGAGAUCGCGUACGUGUUCGGGCAAUUACAAAGUCCAGAUAGUGUGCCCUCACUUAUAAAAACCUUGGAAAAUACCGAUGAGCGGCCUAUGGUAAGGCAUGAAGCUGCAGAAGCUUUAGGCUCCAUUGCGACGCUUGACUGCUUACCUGUGCUCAAAAAAUAUCGACACGAUUCAAGUCGAGUCGUGAAGGAAAGUUGUGAGGUGGCAUUAGAUAUGUAUGAUUAUGAGACCUCUGCAGAGUUUCAUUAUGCGGAUAUGAGUAGCUUUGAUACAGAAUAA